AUGUUUCAAGGACAUUACGGCCCUGCUGGUUUAUUAUUCUUUAUCCGAAACCACUCCAUUCCACUCUCAUGGCUCAUUCUCUCCACGCAAUGGAUUGAUGUUGUAUUUUAUACAUCUGCCAUUCUGUGUGAAAAGUUAUUCGAUUCACAAAUUGACUCUUGUCCAUACAAGCCAUGGAUUUGUGGAGAAUAUGCAACUUAUAAUGUGGAUUUGAUGAGGAAGGGAAGAGUUACACCUAUGGAUUUUUCUAUUGAUUAUACACAUUCCAUUUUGGGAGUUUUUAUUCUGUCACUUGUCUAUUCGAUGAUUUAUUGGAUUUAUUCGAAGGUUAGUGGAAAGAAAAAAGUUGAUUCUUUGGGAAAGAUUGUUUUCAUUAUGUUUUUAGGAGCAUUUUCUCAUUGGAUUUUGGAUUUUCUUGUUCAUAGAAAGGAUUUACUUGCAUUCUUUCCAAUAAGUAAUUGGAAAGGUGGCUUAGGUUGGUGGGAUUAUCCUAAUGAAUACGUAUUUUGUUUGGAAACCUUCUUAGUCUUGUUGGGAUGUGUUGGAAUUUUGAUUGGUAAGGCAAAGAGAGGUCAGAAAUUAACAAGUGCCAGAUUUUUAUUGUCAUUUGGCUUGUAUCUUUCAAUUUCUGUAAUAUUGACCUAUGUAGCUGUUUUUGAUGAUGCCAAAAAACAUCAAGAAAACGUAGAUAAGGUAGUUCAUGGAUCAAUCGUUAAAAAUGGUCCAGAUUUAUUGGUCUUGUUCACUUAUUUCGUCAGUGCAACUUUGGGAUAUUUCAUGGAAGAACAACAACAGAUUGUUCAAAAGAAAGAUUAA